AUGGGGGUACUGGGAUCCCACCAGUGCAGACUGGUCCCGGCCGCGGGGGCGGACGAGAACCGCAUCGUGGGCGGCGCCGGCUGCGCGCGGCGGCUGCACCCGUACCAGGCGCUGCUGCUGCAGCCGGGGGGCGCCGUGCACUGCGGGGGCGUCCUGAUCGGCCGGAGCUGGGUCCUGACCGCCGCCCACUGCCACAGCGACAGCCCCCUGCGGGUCCUGCUGGGCGCGCACGAUCUGCGCAUGCGCGAGGGGGCGGAGCAAUGCCUCACGUGGGCGCGCGCCUUCGUGCACCCGCGCUACCGCCCCGGCCGCCAUGACAGUGACGUCAUGCUGCUGCGCCUGCGCACUCCCGCCCGCCUCGGGCCCCGCGUGCGGCCCGCGCCGCUCCCGCCCAGGUGCGCCCAGGUGGGCGCCAGGUGCGUCGUGUCCGGCUGGGGCAGCACCCGCGGCAGCCAGGGUGCGUUCCCGGACGUGCUGCAGUGCGGGGAGGUGUUCACCUGGUCCAACGCCGACUGCGCUCACCUGUACCCAGGUGCCAUCACUCCCAACAUGCUUUGCGCCGGCGGCCGCGCCGGGGACGGCACCGACUCCUGCCAGGGUGACUCCGGGGGCCCGCUGGUGUGCGGGGGGUACCUGCAGGGCGUGGUCUCCUGGGGGCUGCAGGUGUGCGGCCAGCAGGGCAAGCCAGGUGUGUACAGCCGCGUCUGCGCCUUCACCGCCUGGAUCCGCCGCACCAUCCGCGACAACGGCGGCGACUGA